AAUAAUGUAUCAGUUGUUGUUUGACGCCCAUAAUCAUUGGUCGACGUAGUCGUGUAGUUUUUAUAGCAAAUAUAAAUAUAUACGAGUUCAUUUUAAAACAAAAAUGGAUAAGUGGAAUGGAAAAGUUGCUGUAGUUACGGGUGCUUCUUCUGGAAUCGGAAAGGAGACUUGUAGACAACUGGUUGAAAAUGGAAUGAUUGUCGUUGGUUUUGCUAGAAGAGAAGAUAAACUUCAGGAGUUAGAAAAGGAUUUAAAAGGAAAACUGGGAGCAUUUUAUUACGUUAAAGUUGAUUUGUGUUCGGAAGAAAACAUUUUGGAAGCUUUUAAUUGGGUAAAGAGAACAUUGAAAUCGGUUGACGUACUAGUUAACAAUGCAGGUGUUUGGAAGCCAAGUGAUUUACUGGGAAACACGAAUGAUUGGAAACAAAUGUUUGACACUAAUGUCAUAGGUUAUACCAUUUGUAGCAGAGAGGCUAUACAAAUCAUGGAAGAAAUAAAAAUCAAAGAGGGUCACAUAAUAAAUAUUAAUAGUGUUGCAGGUCAUUUUCAAAUUCCAUAUAUGAAGGAUAUUUCAGUUUAUACCGCUACUAAACAUAGUGUUACUUCAAUUACAGAAAAUUUAAGAGAAUUGAUGGCCAUGAAAGGUUUACCCAUCAGAGUCACGAGUAUCAGCCCGGGUGCAGUAGAAACCGAAAUGACAGAAGAGUUAAGCAAAUUAGGAGUGAAUAAUAUGUUGAAAUCUAUUGACAUUGCUGAAGCUAUUAUUUACGCAUUGAGUGCACCUCAGCGUGUCAACAUCGCCGAAGUCAUCAUAAGACCAACAGGCGAUAAUACAUUAUCUUUUAUUAAGAAUUUUAUAUAGAUAUCAAUUAUGAUUAAUACACAUCCGUGAUCCAUACCUCAAUAUUAAACAAUAUACCUGAAUGAUUUAUAUGCGUAAUAGCCAAUAGUGAUUGAUGUUAUCAUAUAUCUACUUCACCUAUGCCCACUGGCCAGUGGCACUACCCAUCAACACUCGUCACAACUUCAUAUUGUAAUACUCAGUAAAGCAGAUUGUUGUUUGUCAAAAUAAAAACACUUUCAAUAAAUUAUUGUAUUAUUAUUUAUUAUAGAAAUCUAUUAGAUAUGUAUUUAUUUAUAGGCUUUAUUUUGUAAUUUGUUUUUCUCUUUUUAAUAUAAUAUGUAGGUAUGUAGUAUGUAUUGUCGUAUUGAUGUAGGUAAGUAUAGAAUUUCUUUAUUAUGUUACUUUGAGCUGUUCGACGUUUAUAAAUAUAAAAUAAAAUGUGUUUAUUUAUUUCAAA